AUCUUGGCAGACACGUGUAGACUUCAAACAAUAUGUGAUAAAGCUAACAAGUUGAAUAUAGAAAUGAAUAAAACAUUCCUAAUCCAAAAUAAAAUCGAAUGACCUUCGUAAAAACAAAAAAACACAUUUUUGUUUGUCUGUGUUUGAGCCGUGAAACAUGUUUCUCAAAUACUAUCUCUUUGACAAUCUCUACCCUAGUUUCUUAUUAAAUACUAAACUUUUCUCCUAAAAUUCUCUCAACCUCUGAAUCAUGCCAGUGCUCUCAAAGCUAGCAAGAAAAAUGUACAGUCGUCUCAAAUCUUCCCUGCUCAAUCAUUUUCAAAAAGGAGCAAAUUCUUCAUCAAAUCCGAGCUACAAUGGAUUGACCAAAGAGGAAAAAAAGAGAUUACGCCAUUCUCUGGCCGAGUGUCAACUCAACGAUGUCUACGAUCCGGACUCCGCCCACAGUUCGUACCAGCACUCUGUCUCUUUCGUCACCACAAAACCUUCAUCCCGUCACCAUCAGCAAACCAUCGAUACAUCAGGCCACGCCCCUUUGGCGCCGCAAGAGGUGUAUCUCGACGAGACGUCCUCUAAUUCGGCUAGUACUUUCUAUUCGGACCUUCUCGCUUCCAGUUUCUCAUCUGCUGGUGGCAAUUCGUCAUUUACGUGUGAUUACGAGGAUACUAACGAGACAUCAUUCAUUAUGUCUUCCGGAUUACCAGCACUUUCGUGGAAUGUUCAGUACAUCGGAUCAUUCCCCAUCUCGGGAUCCUAUGUGGACAAUUUGGGAAGACGCAUCGACUCAUUUCAGCCAACGACAAGUGGAGGAAUGCAAAGUGUGGAGCUAUCGAUUUCAGUUCUUGGAGUGAAAAUUUGCUGUGAGAAGACAGUUCUUAUGUCCCACUCACUUCGCCGUGUCACUGACAUCUCAGCUCGUCCGGAUACUCAAAAUAUUGGCUACGUGGCAACAGAACCUGUUGGAAGAACUUAUCGCCGGCUCUGUCAUGUUUUUCAUUGUCAAAGUCUUAAAGAGGCCGAAGAGAUCGAGAACGUGCUCCGCAACGCCAAUCAGUCUCAAGUUCUGGCUGCCAAGCAACCAAAAUCCGCAGUUUCAACGUCUUCGAUGCAUCCGACGAACACUGCAUCAACGAUGACUGAGAAAAGAAGUGCGUCGACUGUUUUUCUCAACCGAUUUUUGGGCAAAAAAGGAAGUCAAACUGUAGAUGAGAGUGGACAGUGCAAGCGAAAACGUCGUCCAGUAUCAGCAGUGUUCUCAUCAGCAAUUCAUCGUCUGUCGAGUUCAACGUCUUCCGUGAAUCCGAAACGAAUGAGCACAAUCGAGCCGCAAGCACCAACUCGCGAGCAACUACUCCAACUACAGAACCAAAUGCGUUGUGCUGCAUCAUCUCCAGUUCCAGAAGAACCUAGACCAACUGAUCUUUGUGCAGCUUCCACGACAACUUCCACAUCCUCUGUUGCAUCGUCAAGCUCCUCAAAUGGCUCAUCAUCUUCCACUGACACGUCACCAGUUCCACCAGCUCCGCAGACGGCGUUGGUAUACGAUGAAAAAUUGGGAGAAUGGAUCUAUCCGAUCGAUCAGGCUUUGAUGACGCAACUUGACAAUUGCAGCUAUUUUGUGGGACAACCUACAAAGGAUUCAAUGGUCUACAAUCUGAAUACACAACCGGAAGGUGCAUUUGUGAUUCGAUAUUCGGAAAGUAAAUCGAAAUGUUUGGCACUUUCAAUGCGUGUUCCGUGCAGUCACAAUCCAUCGGGAAUCUCACAUUAUCUUAUUAUCAGAAAUGAGCAAGGAUUCCGAUUGAAGCUCUCCGCCACAAAAAAACCAUUCCCAACUCUUCAAAUGAUGCUCACACAUCACUCGGUUCUCGAAAGUCAUCUACCGUGUACGCUUCACUUUGUCCAAUGGCAAAAGACAAAUUUUAAGCAAUUGGCGGCUAUGAGCACAGUUGAACGGCCGCUCAGGACAUUCAAUCGUCAUUCGACAGCAUUAACGAAGAUUGACGAGAAUCGAAACGUAACCGCCACCUCAACACCGUACCGUCCAUCUGGAAGAUGUGGUGGAGGAAUUGAUGAUUUCACGACUCCGAAGAAUAGAAGAACACGAAAUGAAAUCAAUGCAAUGCGUCGAUCACAUUUCUUUGAUGACCGACAAAUUGUGUUGUGAAGUUACUUGAAACAGAAAUGAUCCUGCGUGUGCUUCCCCGAUGCUCGUCUAGUCUAGUCAUUCCUCGGUUACAACCUCCUCCUUCUAAUAAUUAUUAUAAUUUUGUUCAACUUAUAUUCAUUUCUAUGGGUCUGCAUUCUUUCCUUUUCUCCCAACAUUCACUUUGAUUUUUAUUUUUUGAAAUAAUCUAAUAAAACAUUUAAAAACCAGAUA